AUGCUCACUAUCGCAUUUGUUCUGCUAGCUAUCGCGUCUUGUGGAGCCAGGCCUUUCAACAUCACCGACCUGAUCAUACCCCAUAUCAUCCCCCCGGGCCAGGACGAAGUAGAAAUAGAAUGCCGAUACGACGCGAACUUCACACUCCUUAAUUGGUUUAAGGGAAACACGGAAUUCUUCAGGUACAAGCCCGGGUCUGCACCGAGUACGAGGUCGUUUCCUGUCUUGGGAGUUGGUAGGAUCGAGUUGAUCCACUGCGGGCCGACUGCGUGCCGUCUAAAGCUAGGAGCCUUAACUGAAGAAGCCACAGGGAUAUAUAAAUGUGAUAUAGAAAAAGAGAUACCGCCGUAUCAGUAUGAAUCACGGACUGGGUACAUGGAAGUCCACGGACAUAAGCACAGGAAACCCCUACUCGAAGGCCUUGCAGAGGAAUUUGGGGAAGAUGACGAGAUGCAAGCUUAUUGCCGAGGCGCACCCGGAGCUGAAAUCCGAUGGUACAUCAACGGCCAGGAGGUUGAAGAGCUAAGGGGAUCCCCAACGUUCAGCAGAAAAAGUUCUCGGCUGAUUUUCCAAGGGAUUCCACCAAUAGUUACAGUUCAGUGCGCUGAAUACAGGUUCGGAAAAUUGACAGGAUCUAAUCAAGGGAAAGCGAAGUGGAAGGAGAUGCACAAUGAGGAUACACCAGAGGAACAGAGAAACGGAGUAAAAAUGUUCCUAAGUUCCACUAUCUGUAUUCCAGUUUAUAGUUUAUUGUACAGACUACUUUCUUAUUAA